AUGGCGUGGGGUGGUGUGGGUGGCUGUGGUGUGGGACUGGGUGGGGCUCCCGUCUCACCCAGCUCCUGGGGACCUUCCAGAAGUGAAGGAGAAGAAGAAGCGUCAGGCAAGGAAGACAAGAGCCCAGCCGGAGAAGCAGAGCUGAGCUCUGAGAAAGCUGAGAAGGCAGCCCUGAGCUGGGGCUGUGCCGGCAGCUGCUGGCCGCUCACUCUGUCUCCUCCCUCUGCAGCUUCUCAGACAGUGGCUGGAGGAGUGGAGAAAUCCUGGCCCAAGCAGGAGAGGCGGGCGAGUGCGGAGGCCUUGAGCCGGAAGCCCCUCUCCCCACGGGCCCCGCUGGCCACCAUGGACUCCAUGACAGACAGAGGCUACUCUUCCUCAGCUUCCUUUACCCUUCCCGGAGGCCUGUCCUGGUGCGAUGGCGGAGCUGGCAGCACUCAACCGCUCAGGACCCCGCCAUCCCCCCAGGGCUGUCAAGGGGAGGGUGGAGGAGCCAGGGCCAGCCCUCUGCCAGGAGCCCCCACAGGAACUGCCAACAAGGACCACGCAAGAGGUCUACUUGACCUCUUGCACAUUUUCAAGGCGUGGGGGGAGAGGCAGCAGCGCGGCGAGCCCAUGGCCAGACUGCCAUGGCCAGACAGCCCAUGGCGAGAGCCGGCUGCCGGCCGCGCUGCAUCUGCUUCAGAAAUUUCCCCUAAUGGCUGGGAGGUGUGGGGCCGGGAACCCCCUGGGGUGCCCCACUUCUGAUCCAAUAAAAAAGUCAAUAUUUUCUCUA